UUUUUUGCUGUUUUACUGCAAAAAUUUUAAGCAGUUUGUCGCCGAUUUUGUGAUUUUCCUAUUAUUAAAGAAAACAUUACCAACAUUACAAAAAAUGACUACCUAUCUAACCGAUAGUGAUGGAAAAUUUAUCCCAGCGACUCAACGACCGGAUGGUACAUGGCGCAAAGCUCGCCGCGUUAAAGACGGCUAUGUACCACAAGAAGAGGUGCCCUUGUACGAAAGCAAAGGUAAGCAAUUUGCGCAACGUAAGAGCACGCUUCCGCCUGGCAUGUGUCCACUUGUGGCCGAGCAGACCAAAAAAGAGCGAGAAAAGCAAGAGCGUGCCAAAGCAAAGAAGGUCGCAAAGCAGCAGGAAAAUUCCGUAGGUUCUAAAUCAAUUAAUAGUGGGACGAGUAACAAUAAAAAAGUUAAGCAACCUCAGUCACAAACACAACAAAUACCUGGAUUACUCGUUCUUGCUAACAACGGAACGUCAAAGGCAACCGUCUCCAAAGUUAAUACCAACGCUAAUAAGACAAGUACAAAUAAUAACGAUGCUGUUGUUAAACUGGCCAGCGAUUUGCAGGCCUCCCUGCAGAUGCAGUCAGAUGAAGGACUUGAUACAUCGAAAAAAUUGAAAAAGCUUCGAAAAAAGUUACGUGAAAUAGAGACAAUCGAGCAAAGAAUCAAAAGUGGUGAACUUAAGAAACCCGAAAAAGAUCAAUUAGAUAAAGUGAAGCGAAAAAAGGAUGUUAUUAAAGAAAUUAAGCAGCUUGAAGAGGAAGAAGAAGCCCUAGGUAAAGUCAAAGGGACCGACUAAAAUUGGCAUGUCAAAAUCUUAUGCGCACACUGUAAAACUCCAAAGUGCCAUGGAACAACUAAGCGAAACACUAUAUUUGCUGUACGUCACCACCCACUGAUUAUCUGUCUGUCAGAACGGAUAACAGCUAAUGCAUAUGCAUACAUACACAUAAAUAACCGUUCUAGUGUUAAUAUUUUAAAAGUUUAUUAUUUUAUUUUACACUUACAUACAAUUUUGGGCUUAUUAUUUUUUCCUUGAAGUAAGCCGACUUGUAGAUGUAAUAUUAUUGUGUAAAAAUUUAUUUUGUCUGCCAAGAAAAUUGUGAAUGCAAAAUCAUUUUGGUAAAUAUCGCAUAUUAAAAUCUCAUCAAAAUUUCGGUCCUUGUUUGCCCAGAGUUUAAUUUAUUGUUAAAUUAUGUGUGUACUGUUUUAUGCAAGUGUUAGAAUUUUGCAUGAUUUUAGGUCAAUUGAAUUAUUUGAUAUUGUGCUUUCGUUUUAUCUGCAAAAAUGUUAAAUAUUUGUUUAUAGCAAAUUGCAUAAUUUCAUCAUGUACAUACAUUUAUUUGUGCAUUAUAAACUAAGCUUAUCAAAAACAAAAGAGUGAGGCAAUCUUUAUUUUGUAAAACGCAAAGUUAAAAAUCUUUGUGAUGCUCUUUUAAAUUUAAUGAUCAUAUAUAUAGUUAAGUUUUCAAUUAUUUAUAUUGAUAAUAAUACAAGUAUACAACUGCCUAAAACUUGCGCAUUCAAUUUCCAUGCAAAGACAAAUUAAUAGAGUAAUAAACGAAAUUAUCAUGGUUUUAGCAUAAGAAUAAACAUAGAUCGGGUGUUUUAGCUUGUGUAAAAAUUUCGAAAAGCAUUUAAAAAAUGUCCAUACCAAUAUAGAGAUUGUCAAAAAAACAUAUUAAGUAAGUAAACAAAAUAAGUGAACAUUAAUCCAAAGAAGACGAUAAAUCAAACUGUAACUGUAUAAAGCAGCCAUGUUACUUUUAUAAACUGUAGUAUGUAUUUGUAAAAUAGAGUUUAACUGUGUACGAAGAUGCUUCAAAUAACAGUAAGUAAAAACGAAUUAUAAAUAUGUACUUUUACUUUUUAAAAUUAGUUUUACAAUUUUAUGUGAGGUCUAUUGUAGUUUUUACUGCAAAUAUUAAAAAAAAAAUAACAAAUAUAUAUAUAUAUAUAUAUAUAGUAUUUAUGUAUAGUUUGUAGCGGUGAAAUCAAUAUUGAAUACAAACAAAGUUGUGAAUCAUAUAAGCUCCAGCGACAUUUAGAAUUCAAUAAAUGUUUAACUGAAAAUAAAGAGUUUUUGUAAAACUAAGUAAGAAAAUACAUAUUAUGUACAAUGAAAUAUCAAUAAAAUGCUUAAAUUAUGAUGACUA